ACCUGUUCCCACGCGAUUGCGCGCCAGCAUCGUGCAUCGCAGAGCCUACAAGCGGCCGUGACCAUCUGAACUCGCUCCAGACAGACGACGCCUCGCCGUGUCGCGGCGCGCCGAGGAUGGACCCUCACAACCCUAACAUGCAGCACCCCUACACAACGAACGGCGAUGAGCUCCCACCGCCAGACGGCGCAGCGGCAGGACCGAAGCCUGCUGGCGGCGAUGUCAAGCCUCGCCUCACAAAGGACCAGCACGACAUCCUUGAGCAGCAUUUCCAGCAGCAGCAUAAGCCCACGACCGGCGUUAAGAAGGCCUUCGCCGAUCGCCUAGGGGUACCCCUCGACAAGAUCAAUAACUGGUUCCAGAAUCGCAGAGCGAAAGUUAAACAGGAUCGCAAAAAGGCCCUGAACCAGUACAACAUGACGAUAGGCAUGGGGAUGUACGCCCAGCAGGUUCCAGUUAUGCCUGGACAGCACUUCGUUCCUCCACACCACCCAGAGAUGUACCAGCACCACCAGCACCACCAGCAACACCAGCAACACCAACAAGUCCCACAGCAUCAGCCUCACAUGCCUAUGCACCAGGAGUAUGGCCCCGUGACUGCUGACAUCAGCCCUGCCAGCUUACCCGUGCAAAGUGUGGACGGACCGUCAGCCCUAGACUUGGCCCCCCCAACCUCACUGCAACAGCCCUUCGACAUGCAUCAGUACAAUCUACGGACGAUCUCGGAGGCUGACCGCUCAACUUCUUAUCCACCACAGAUGAUGAUGCAUUCGGCACUUAUGGCCGCGACUGCUGGGCCCAGCUACAUGCAGCAGAGCAUGCCCGGCAACACCCAGGAACAGGCGUUCCCUUACAGCCAGUCCCUGUCCAGCCAAUACGCCAACGGUGUUGCCUUCUCCAUGCCCACAACGCUUCCCAAUGAACCUGCACUGCCACAGGACACAUUCAGCGGAUUCCCUGACUUCGGCAAUUUGGAUUACAGCACUCUGGCAGCGACGCACAAUGAUCAAUCCGGUCAAGUUGAAGCCCAGAACAGCACAGGCACGGGCUCGACAGGACAGUCACCGUACUCAGGCAAUCAAUCCACGGCGACUCCUCAGUCCUCUAACGGUCCCACACCUCCGGUUGCAUCUAUUACAUCCAUGUAUUCUGGCUGGAAAGAAGAUCCGGCUUCAGAAGCACAGCUGGAGCAGGCCAACGACAGCAAUGACUUUGCGGCAACCUUCAAUUUCGACCAAAACACCCCUUCUGAAAACACUGUACCCUUCUGGGACCCGAACGGUAGCGUUCCUUCAUUCCCGCAGUCCAACUUCUACCAGCAACUCAAUACUUCAUCCCAGGCCAUCCUCUCUUCUCCGGAACAGGAUCUGACAAGGAAGCAUAGUGCAGCCACAUCAGACUUCGAGAUGCCUCCGACCUUCGGCGAAGACAUGUUCAGGCGUAGGAACUCUUCAACUAGCAACCUUGCAAGUAACAUGGACGCAAUACAAAUCCGCAACGGAACACCCGACGAUUUUAAGCAGCUCAAUCAGACUUCCAGCAUUGCCGUAAGGAGACAAAAGCGACCCGUCGCGUUGAGCUCAAGCGCGAUGAGGAGCGCUUCUUACACCCCUGGUAUGCCCUCCCCAGCAGGCAAUCCCGAUCACACCCUUAGGAGGAUCCGGUCGACAGGUAUACCCAAUGCUGGAGGUCGUGUUCAGAAAUCGCGACCAGGCUCAGCACAGCCGUCGCCCAUGGUUUCCAGCUUUUCAGAAGCUGCUGCAUCACCAAAGUUUGCAAGAACAUUCUCAUCUUCCAGCGCAACGACUUUGGGUAACAACGGAAGCCUUGCACCACCUACACCCCUCACUCCUCAAGACAUGGGAUUCUACUGGCAGCCGCACGGAUCUGUCAGACCCCACGGUAUGCCUGAGCACAGCAGUCCGGAGAGUUUAAGCACAAACUGGUCCGCUGAGCCUUUUGCCACGAGUCUGAAUGUUAAAAGUGGCUCACCACCUUCGACACCACUGGACUUGCAGCGAUUGAAUCAGGCGCGUCUUGCCAAUGAGAGCAUAUACCGUGACACGCCGCCGCAGUCAGCGCCUCCAACUCGACAAAGCUUCCCCCGUAACGGCUACAUGCAGCCGCCACAGAUGCGUACCGGCUUCCAUUCGUCCACGGAUCUCACCCUGGCACAGCCAAAACCCUCGCAUUUCCGGAGGCCCUCGCUGCCCGACACAGCUCAGAACCCAACUGAUGAGGUCAAUCUUGAAUACCCGUACGGUGGUAACUUUGCGUACAAUGAGAUGUCAUUGCACGGAAUCUCGCAUAACGUCCCGUUCGCGCCUCCUGUCUCAUCGAUGCCCGAAUUCUUGGUCCACCAGUACACACCCUCACAGGGCACAAUCGACAUGCAUGGCAACACAAUCCGCCGCAUGGACCAGCCGAAGAGCUACAUCUUUGCCAACCAAAGUGCUAGCGACUUUAAGUCGUAGACAUUGAUAUCUAUGCGCGAGCGCGAUACCCCCUUCAAUGCUUGCGCUCGAUUCUCUUCGUUUCGCUGUUUGCAAUAGCCGUCCCGUUGGAUUUUCUGAGACGGUGACGUUGAUCUU